AUGCGGGCACUGAAAGCGGGCGCAUUCAUUAUGUAUCUGCCAGGGCAAAAAUACGCCAGCGGGGCGGCCUACGCCGGCGAGGCAGCCUACGCCGUAGGCCCGCUACGGCGCAACAGGUUGCCGCCCGCACGGUGCAACAAGUAUUGGGCGGACAUCCAAAAAUGCAUCGCGUCGGCCCGCCAACUUCGCCCGCCGGAAGCCGGCUUCCUGAACCGCUGCACUCCUCCGAAUUUAAACAGGGGG